GAAGAAAAUGUCUGAUGACAGUCAAAACACGAGCAAUGAAAAGUCUGGGCCUAUUCCCGGGUUUCAGGAUGUAAACACUUUUACACAGCAAGCACUGAAGUCUGUAUUACAAGCGACUCGUGCAUCAAACGACUUGCCUGCUGCUGGAGAUGAUUUUGAUUACUACUCAAGUUUCCAAGGCGUGCGGGACAUUCUGGACAUUGAGGGGAAGCGGGUCCUCAAUAUUAUCCAGAAUGUGUUGCGUUACCACAAUGUGAAGGGACACAUGACAUCAUCAUCUGAUGCCCAUGACCUGGAGGACAAAUUUGAUGUCUUGAUGGAUGCUAAUGACCAUAUUUUGGAGAAAGUGGGAUCCUAUCUGGAUGAAUCUGCUGGCCUAAAGAAAAAGGAAGAAGAUUUGAUCAUUGCAACAGCCACUCCAAAAGUUAAACAAGCAUCCACUGCCAGCUGGAAUAAGAGGAGCUCUGCAUCCCCAAGCAUAUCUGAGUACAAGCUUCUUACAGCCAGAAAUAUACAGAGACCUCAGCUGAAGUUUAGGGACAAGAUUGACAAUGAGAACAGACCUUUUGUCCCGAGAAUUACGGAGAAGCCAAAUGCUCUUCAGUCUCUGGAAGAGAGUUUGAAACUACAUGAAGAUAUUACACCAGAAAUGUUAGAGGAACCAGAUUUUCUUUAUCCACAUCCAUACAAGUUUGAACUACGUGUGUUUAAACCAAUAGAGAAGCAACUUCAAGCCUCGGAACCCAUUAGGCCACUUUCUACAGCUGAUACCCCCCUGACCUUUGUCUCCACGGUGACAGAAUUUCAGACAAUCCUUGAUAGAUUACGAAAAGAGGAAAUUCUAGCUGUUGAUUUAGAACAUCAUUCCUACAGGACUUUCCAGGGAAUAACCUGCUUGAUGCAGAUCUCAACAGCAACAGAAGACUUCUUGAUUGACACUCUGUCAUUAAGAAAUGACUUAUCUCCCCUUAACGAGAUACUCACAAACCCUGCUGUUGUAAAGGUUUUCCAUGGAGCAGACAGUGAUAUUGAUUGGCUACAGAGAGACUUUGGCCUCUAUGUAGUGAAUAUGUUUGACACAGGACAAGCUGCCAGGGUACUUAACCAUGCUCGUUUUUCAUUGGCUCAUUUGAUGGAGCACUACUGUAAUGUCACCACAGACAAACAAUACCAGCUAGCUGAUUGGAGAAUUCGACCUCUUCCUGAGGAGCUGAUGCAGUACGCUCGUGACGACACACAUUACCUGUUGUACAUCUACCACAGAAUGAAGCAAGAACUGUUGGCGAGAGGAAAUGAUCAGAAGAAUUUGUUGAUGUCUGUCCUACAGAGGAGUACAGAAAUCUGUGCCAAGGUAUAUAAGAAGGCAGUGUUUAAGGAGGAUACCUACCUCGAGUUGUACAAGAAAAGUAAAAAGGUGUUUAACUCGCGGCAGCUACAGGCACUACAGAAAUUGUAUCAAUGGAGGGACAAACUGGCCAGGGUGGAAGACGAAAGUACUGGAUACGUUCUUCCCAACCACAUGCUUCUACAGAUAGCGGAGAUUCUGCCACGAGAACAACAGGGGAUCUUUGCUUGUUGUACGCCCAUUCCUCCACUAGUGCGACAGUUUCUGCCGGAAAUACACAAGUUUAUUUUGGAAGCUCGGGAGGCUCCUUUGAUAAAGGUGUCAUUACCACAAGAGAAGAGACCUAGUUCAUAUCAGCAUCCUAGAUACGACCCGAACAGUCUCCUAAACUGUCACCAUGACCUCAGUCACAUGUCAGAAAGCCAGCAGUCUACUACUCUCCCAGAUGUUUCCAUGGUGACAAAGUCCUCCAUGCUGUAUGGUACCAAUAACUCUGGCUUGAUAGUAAGGGUCAAGGCCAGUCCCCUUCUUACAGCAUUUGGUGACAAGAGGGAGAAGAAAAAAGUCACAAAGGGACAGAGGAUUGCUGCAGCACUUGCUUCUGCCUUCUUAAGCCCGUUUACAAAGUUUCUGCCAGAUGAUGGUAAACCUUCUGCAGAAAAAGAGGCACAGAGUCUAGGAAGUUGGACAUUAAAGAAAAAUACAAAGAGGAAAGAACGAUCUCCUAGCCCACCUAAAGGUCCACCUCCAAAGAAAGUUAAGCCUGACCCAGUAUCAGAACAGAUUGAAUUGUCAGUGAGAGAGAUGACUAUCCAACAAAGACAGAGGGAUCGUGAGAAAGAAGACCAUGUCAAUCUCAAAACUACUGACGAUGACAAACCAAAGAAAAAGAAGAAGAAGAAGAAAGAAAAGAGAGAGAAGAGAGAGGAUGCUGAGUUUGCUGCCUUUGAUUACAGCCAGGCAGACCAAAAUAUGUUUUUAGGUGGGGACAGUAAGAAGAAAAAACCUGAUGUGUUUAACCCUUAUGCUUCAUUACAAAGCAAAGGAACCCAGAAGGUUGGAAGAUCAAGUCAGUCAUUUUCCAGAUCACAGAAAAGUCACAGCUACAAACAGGAUGGAAAAGGAGGGGGCAGGAGCCACAACUGGCCAAAACAGAAGUGAAGGGACAGGAGCCACAACUGGCCAAAACAGAAAUGAAAAGAAGGGUGAUUUUGUAUAUUUCUUUAGUGACUACAAUUAACUGAAAAAAACAAUAUCACAAUUUUAUUGGCAUUUUCAUAGUCAUAUUAAAAUUUCAAUAUUAAAUAAUGAUAUGCAACAUU